GUGCCGCCAUUCGCGGCCUUGGCUGUCAAUCUCUGGGUGCCAGUCGGAGAUUACUUGCCGGCACCCGGUCAUUGCCGAGUAAUAGAGAUGGGGGGGAGAGAACUGUAUGUAAACAAUACAGUUCUCUCCCAUGUCAGCUCCAGCACACUGCUUUGUAUGGCUCUGCCUAGCAGAGCCACGGGAAAGCACAGACACAGCCCCAUAGUAAAACACAUACAGCACACAGUCAACCCUUUGAUCGCCACAUAUGUUAACCCCUUCCUGCCCAGUGCCAUUAAUACAAUGUCAGUGCUUUUUAUCAGCACUGAUCACUGUAUUGGUGUCACUGGAGAUGUCAGUGACACCAAGUCAGUUCCCCCAGUGUCAGAAUGCCCACCGCAGUCCCGCUAUAAGUCGCUG